UUAGGAGCUUAUCGGGAAUGAAGAGGCCGCUGCCGUGCGCUUAUCUCACUCGGCCACAUUGCGGCCUGUGUUCCGCUCCCCGUACUGAGGGAGCGCACUGGAUGAGGCGAGGAAUAACUCAGCUACACACACACACACACACACACACACACACACACACACACUGCUCCACAACUGGCAGAAGAAAAAAAAAAAAAGAAAAACCUCAGACAUGGAUGACCCACUCACAAAAUGGCUCCACUUACACAGUAACAUCAACAACACGGCUGGAACGGACGUAGUGGACUCGAGCGAGUGGUGAGUGGUGAUAAAAAAUGAUGGAAAAACGGCAGCCGGAGCUUUGUCCUGGAAGUCCUGAUGCAGAGUCCGGUCCUGUAAAGCGAGAGAACUCCUCCAUCAUCUCCAGACAGAACGGAUGCAAGGAGGACGAAGAGCCGAGGAGAGAGGAGGGGGAGAAGGAGAGGGGAGGGCGCUUCAAGGGGGUUGAGGAGACGGAUGACGUUCCUCUGCAGAACUCGAGCAACGGGACCAGCAUCAGCAUCAUCAUCAACGGCGUUGCCAAGGAAACUGCCUCUCACAACGCCCUUGACCUGAAAAGGGAAGUGCCGGUGAUCGAGCUCUCCAGGAGGGACGCUAUAAAAGCGGUGGAGCAGAGGACUGAAAGCCAUUUGGUGCCGAUCACGGAACUUCGCAGACCUCCACCGCUGCCGCUGCCGCUGCCGCAACGAGACGACGCUCGAAUGGUCCAACUGAGCCCAAACGCGUUCCCUGUCCCGGCCCGGGCGAUGCUCUACAACCUGGCGCAGCCUCUCGCCGCCAUCAACAGUCUCGGAGGGGAGUCGGAGCAGUACAGCAUGUACCCCAGCAACAGGGUAAAGCGCCGCCCGGCGCCUUAUGAGGUUGAACUCGACGAGGGUAGGCGCAUUUUAGAUCUUUAUAAGUAUGCUGGCCAGCCAAAGAUUGUACGUCGUAUCUUCACUAACAGCCGCGAACGUUGGCGACAGCAGAACGUAAACGGGGCAUUUGCGGAGCUUCGCAAACUCAUCCCAACUCACCCCCCAGACAAGAAACUGAGCAAGAAUGAAAUCCUGCGACUUGCCAUGAAGUACAUCAGCUUCCUCUCCAACCUCUUGGAGGAUCAGGAUGGAGGGAGGAAUGUUGGCAGCACAACUGAUGGGGAAACAGGGCUGCUGGUUGGGGGCCAUGAGGGGGGCCCACAGGGUGGAGGACAUCAGGACACAGUGGUGGGCUUGGCCAGAGACGAUCUUCUGGAGACAAUGUCACCAGGCUCCAGCUGUGGAAGCCUGCCUGAUGGCGAUGCGGAGGGUAGUCCUGAGAGCUUUAUGGAAGACCAGGACUCACCUCCAGCUCCAAGGACUCUAACGGCUUCACGUGGGCCCCCACUUCAUCUAGCUGCUAGAGAUCUGAGGCGCAACGGACGCCCUUUAGAUGGCUCUAGUCGCCGAUGAUACUGAUGCCAAAAGACCACGGACACAACACCUGAGACUAAAAGAGAAGAAUGAGAGUGACUAAAAAAGAAAUGGAUAUGCUCAGGACCAGUUAGCUUUGAGUUGUCAGUGUAGGAAGGAGAAUCAAGCUCCGCGUAGUGAGAUAGUGGUGUCCAAACUGGAUCAUGAGUACGUUCCUGUCUCCACAUUACACCUGAGGCAGCACUGAUGAAAAGCUUGGUUUGAUUGGUGAUCGGUUGAAUUUAAUCCGACAAAAGACUUGUAAAUUCUGCAUGUCUCAUGUCUUUGACUGACCUGCGGAUUAUAAUUUUCCGUGCUUUCAAAGUCCAAAGACUGGAUAUCCUAAAAACAUAAAACACACACAAAAAAGAAAUAAAGAACAAGCAAACAAAACAAAACAAGACAAAACCAAACAAAAAAAUCAUUUAACAAAGAUUUUUGAUGUGUAAUAUUGAAGUUUUGACCAAUGCUUCACCAAUGAUACUACUGAUUACAUCAUGGUGCAGCCAGAAUAGGUCCAAGGUGCUUGUGGAGUGCUGCAAGUAAAUGGUUCUAAAACAUCAACGAAUAAAUCCUAGAGAUUUACGCCCAGCAAAUUUAGUGUGUUAGAAUAAUGGCACAAAAGUAAGUUUGCCUCAGUUAGAGGCCAUAAAUUAACCGACUGGAAACUAUUGUACCCAUACAGUUGCGUAUGUAUUGUAAAUAGCAUUCUAUUUCCACUGUCCACAACAGUGACUCGAGUUCAAGUCAUGUGGUUUAAGAUGUAGUGUAGCGUGUUUGUCAAUGGGUUAACUAUCAAAAUGGUCUUUUAGGAGACAAUGAAAUAAGGAAAGAGGAGAGACGAGAUGAGUUGAACUCAAAGCAAGCAACUGAACAUAGUACAUCAAAUGUGGUACCAUUUACUUCUGUUACACUUUGGUGAUGGGAAAAUUACACCAAAUACGGCAACAGACAGUUAAACAAUUCCACCGCCUGGAAUGAAUAUAUCUAUUUGAAAUUGCUGUGGAGGUACAAGACAUGCAGUGUUUCUUAAAGUGUACAAAAUAAGGGUCGUAAGAUAACAUGAAAUGACUCAUGCAGUCCUUUUGAUAUGAAUGUUUCAGUGUUAUUUUUUUUUUAACUGUAAUGCAGUUGUAGUUUAGUAAGGUACACAAAUAAAUCCCUUCAUUGCCGCAUUUCACAUAUACACAUGCAGACACACGCACACACACACACACACACACACACACACACACACUUACACACACACAGACACACACACACACAGUGUUAAUAUCAUAACGACACCAGCAGUUUUCAAAUGCAGUUAAGUAUUGCUCACUGUUGUUGGUUAUUCUGCUUUUUUAGCAGGACCUAGUAGCCUAUAUUGGUACCUUUGGUAACUAUGGUAUUUUAUGAAUUGCAGUAAAGGGACAUUGUACGUUUGGUAAUGACAUAUUUGUUGUAUGAUAGCUGUAUCUAUAAAUAUAUCCAAUGUUAAAUCGCUGAAUUUUAUACAAAACACCUGAAUAAAACACACAGAAAAAGCCUUGUAUUUGUACUCAA